AUGGCCAGAAAGAAGAGGAACCCUGACGCUAUCGUCGCAGCGUUUGACACCUACUUCGGCAACGGCGAACUGGCCGACUGGCAGCGUUUGUGCCGCGAUAUCGGGCUCGAGGCGGAGGGCAAAAACACCAGCAGUAUCACGCAGUGUCGGAAGGCCCUAGAAACGGUCCAUGUAAACAUUUACGACUUACUCCAUGCGGUCAGGCUGGGUACACAGCCGCGGCGGUUUGGCAGCGCAAAAGCGUUGAGCAAGUACUGUCGGAACACGGGAAAGAUUUACCCGAAGGAAAGGGCGAAAGAGAUGGGGCCUGUGAGGGCGUUGUUGAGAGAGGUUUUUAGACAUGGUUAG